UUGGAAGGUAGAGGUGGGUAACGUGAGAUGCUGCCAAGGGCCGCCGAGCUCCGCCUGAAUGCUUGUUGCGAUGCGACUGCGCGAGUUUGCGCCUGUUUACUAGACUCUUGUUGGUGCUGCGCGUUCUCUAAUCAAAACAUCCUGGUUGGCAAGUUGUCUGGACUGAACUAUGGAUAUGAAGACGUUCUUGGCUAAGCGUGGCUAUCGUCGCGACUGCAACACCAGCGACGGAGUGGAAGGACUAGACCUUGGCGGCAUCAAAAGAGGUGCAUCUUAAGUGCGACAAAAGUUGGCGGUGGCGGUCCCUUAGCAGCGCCCAAGAGGUUGAUCGCGAUUUGAGCAAGUAAUAAACUGUCCAGCGCUACAAUACUUAAUCUGCAGUGUCCUGCUGCAUGAGGGUCGGGCACAUCGCGACGUCCUUUGUUGGAUCGAAGACUUAGAAUCAUGUGCACUCUGCUGGUCCGAGCAGUUUCACUCCUCGCCCUCAGUGGCACGACCAAUGCCCUCAUCGGUUAUGGCAUCCCAAUGUAUAAACCGAAUUGCGCCUUCGCGUGUCGAGCAUCUUUCGAAAGCGCGAUGCUAGAGUGCUCGUCACACGAUCACGCAGCAGGCGCACACAGUCACGGCGCUGGACCGACCUCCCCGGAAUGCCGCGCCGGAGAUACGCCUUGGUUAACCACGCUUGCUUACUGUAUCAACGCGACGUGUGGGGAUGUCGCUCCGUGGAAGCUGGAGAAAUAUUGGGCAGAUAAAUGCACUGGCGAGAAAGCGGUCCAGGCGAAGUGGACGUAUCAAGAAGCGUUGGCGGAGCUGGGGGAAAGUGCGCAGCCGACGAAAGAGCUCGGGGAGGAUGAGAUGCUGAACUUCACUGCGCUGUACAACGAGGAGACCUGGGAGGCUCAACGUGGGACGCUCUACCAUUUCGAAUUUGCGGAAACGAUGCAUUCGCGGUCUGGCAUCAUUCUUCUUGUUUUAGGGUUUGGGACACCAAUCCUAUUCACCGUCUUCGGAUACCUCCCGUAUAUGUCCUCCGCCAUUGACAAGCUGAAGCCGCGAUUUGUCUAUCCCGCCCUCAUCGGAACGUACCACGUGCGCGCUCUCCCUUUUAGCCUGGGUAACGGACCGACAGCGGGCGAAGCGUUGUACGUCGCUACGUUCUUCAUUCUUAACAUCAUCCUGACGGCUAUCGACUAUCGCUCUUACCAACCGAACACUUGGUUUUCCAACCGCUGGCAAGAGAUCAUGGCGUAUAUAUCGAACCGUACUGGGGUCAUCGCAUUCGCGCUUUCGCCGCUGGUAAUUCUCUUCUCUGGUCGUAACAACGUUCUCCUGUGGUUGACAAACUGGAGCCAUUCAACGUAUAUGCUUCUCCAUCGUUGGGUGGCCCGGAUUUUUGCACUCCAGGUCAUCCUCCACUCCAUCUGUGAGUUACGCUUGUACGGGAACAUGGGCGAGCUAGCAACCGAACAGAGGGAGAAGUACUGGAUCUGGGGGGUAGUGGCCACCCUCUCCGUCGUCGUCACGACGGUCAUCUCCAUGCUCCCCCUUCGGCGCCUGAGCUACGAGGUCUUCUUGAUCCUGCACGUUCUGUUAGCUAUCUUUACCAUUGCCGGGUCAUGGUAUCAUGUCGAGUAUCUCUUCACCCGAAAAUGGGGCUACGAGCUCUGGCUGUACGCUGCUUGCGCCGUGUGGUUUGCCGAUCGCCUAAUGCGGCUGGGGAGGAUGCUCAAGAACGGGAUCAAGAGAGCCGAUGUCACGGAGGUUGCUGAGGACAUCGUGAGGAUCGAUGUGAAAGGUGUGAGAUGGGACGCUCGGCCGGGAAAACACACCUACGCGUACUUUCCGACCCUGGCUCCACUACGCCCAUGGGAAAAUCACCCCUUCUCCAUCAUCCCUACUGCGCUCCUCGCAUCGCGCGGCCAUAGUACUGGCUGGUCGGCCUCUUCGAGGAACUCUCAGCACUCUUCCAAUGACGUUGAGAAGACGGGCGCAUCAGCCACCGUUGCACGGACUGCACAUGGUAGCAGCACCUCGGGUGUUUCGUUGUAUGUCCGUAAGUCAUCUGGCCUCACGAGGACCCUUGGCGCCGGAACCUCGCUUCUCACUUUGCUCGACGGACCUUAUCCCAACAACUCGACAGCUGCUGUCCUCAGAACAGAUCGCCUUAUACUUAUUGCGGGUGGCAUUGGAAUUUCAGGAACGCUCCCUUACGUUGCGCACCACCAAAAUGUGAAACUUUAUUGGAGCGUCAGGGCGGCAUCACGGGGUCUUGUCAUUGACUUGGAGAAUGGGUUGAGUGGGGUGAGGGAGAAGGUAGUGAAAAUAGGUGAGAGAUUAGACCUGCAAGGUUUGCUGGAGGCGGAAAAGAACGAGGGUUGGGAGAGAAUCGGAAUAGUAGUGUGCGGACCAGGAGGAAUGUGCGACUCCGUAAGAGAUCUAGUGGCUAAAGCAGGAAGAGAGCGCCGUGCCGUUUGGGAAUUAGAAGUCGAGGCGUUUUCGUGGUAGAGCAAAUUGGGUAAAUUGGGUGGACGGGAGUGAGAUAUACGUCGUGUGACUCUCCCCCUAGAUAUUGUUAAGGGCAUUGUCUAUAGCUCCCAUACCAGGUGUUCUCUCUCUGGAUACCGAGCUACGAUCGUG